UUACGAGCUUUGGUGCCGGAGUGGAUGGCGAAAGCAGCUGACAACUGGACCACUGGCGUCAGCGAUGACGUCAAGGAAAGGCGCGUCGCUCGGGAACUAGCGGCUCAGCAGCUGGUCGCUAUCGAUGCCCUGGUGGACGCCAGCUCCGAUAAAGCGCGGCCCGACGCCGGCCUCUUCUCCUGGCAGGUGCGCUACUUGGAGGACCGCAAGGCCCUGGUCCUGCCGCUGGGCUUGCUGGGGCUCUUUCUGAACUCCAUGUCCACCGUCGAACCCAUCCUGGUCCCUGCUCUGGGUCGCGCCGUGCUGCGCGAGCUCAUGCCAACGUCCCACGGGCCGUACUCCUGGCGACGUCGCAACGAGCAGCGACUCGAAGCGAUUGUCGACUGCGUCGCUGCUGGGCUCGAUGUCGCCGGUGCUGGACAGGAUGCUCGAGCACUGGCCACGGAUGUAACCCUGGAGUCCGGUGUGCUGGAGCCACUGCUCGCGCUGUACGACCGUCGCCUGCAUCAAGAUUUCAGGCGUGGCGUCCGCUUGCACCCGGACUACAGCAACGCCGAGCUGUUCUUCGUGCUAUGGGCCCUCGGACACUGCGGUGAACAAAACGCAGCCAUCUUGGUCAACGGGGCGCUGAGGAACUUUGCUCCUUUUUCGAGGGCUUUUCAGUGCGCUGUUAACCAAGCCAUGUGGACUGGUCACAGGUGUCCGUUUUGGCACUAGAAUGUUUGUUUAUGCGGUUAUUGUAUUUGUUUGUCAUUGAAGCAUCAGACGGGCCGGAUGGUUUCUUGUGAGAAGAAAGUGCGGGGUUGAACGCAGUGCGGCUGUAAGUCGAAUACGCCGAUAUUAGACAGCGUCAGUACAAGUUAUGGAAAACGAAAACGCAUUGGAACGAACCGGCUUCAUCAUACUCAAUCAUCAGAAAUAAAUAUCAGAAGUUUCAUAAGCUAACAACACGGCGCGUAAGAAAUGACCAGAUCUCUCUAUUUUCGCUGAAAGAGGCUUUCUUAGAACUCACCUGCGGUACAUAGUGCAAACUUUGAUGAGGCUCCGCAUCACUUGCGGGACAAAUCAGUGUUGUGUUUGCUAAUUAACGAGUUUUCGCAAUAUAACCUUUCUGAGUUAUGCACUUUACCGUACGCGUCCAAGUUGUGGAAUGGAACGUGAGCGGAGUAUUAAUUCGAGCAGAAAUUCUACGCGGGGCGCCAAUAUCAAGGAGUACGUAAAUCUGUAAUGAAAUGCAUCGUUUCCAUUAAAAUUUAUUAGAACUUC